CCGCCGGCCGCUGCCGCUCCGCGCUCCUCCUCCGCCCCUUCGCUGGGAAGUGGGAGGCGACUCCGCGAGCGGCUGGGUCGUGGGAGUGCGCGCGGGGUGUUUUUUCCCUCCCCUCUCCCCCACUUCUUCCCCUUUCUCUCCUCUCUCGCUCCGCGUCUCCGUCUCCUCCGUUUCCUCGAGUGUUGCAAACAGUUUCGGGUGGAAAAGUGGAGCCGGCAAGGUUGGAUGCUGUAGCUGCCGCCGCCGCUGCCGCCGCCGCCGAUGAUCCAGGCGCCCGGGGCGGAGUAGAAAGCAUGGCCGUGUCUUCUCCCCCGAUUAUCCCGGCAACUUCGAGCGGCGGCGGCGGCAGCGGGGGCAGCGGCGGCACCGGCAGCGCCAGCACCGCCGCUAGCGCUGGGGGCUUGUUCCGGGCGGACGCGCUCUAUCCCUCCAGCCCGUCGGAGUCCCCGCGCCUGACGAGCAGCCUCAUCCACAGCUUCAUCGCCAGCACCGCCAACGCCGCCACUGGCGUGCCGGGCAGCGGAGCUGGAGCAGGAGGAGGUGGCGGCGGCGGCGGCGGGAACGAGUGCAAGAUGGUCGACCUGCACGGGGUGAAGGUGGCUUCAUUCCUGGUGGACGGGCAGGAGCUGAUUUGCCUGCCGCAGGUCUUCGACCUCUUCCUCAAGCACCUGGUCGGAGGGCUGCACACCGUCUACACCAAACUCAAGAGGCUGGACAUCGCGCCCGUGGUGUGCACCGUGGAGCAAGUGCGUAUCCUGCGCGGGCUGGGCGCCAUCCAGCCCGGCGUCAACCGCUGCAAACUCAUCACGCGGAAGGACUUCGAAACUUUGUACAACGACUGCACCAAUGCCAGUUCACGACCAGGAAGACCCCCCAAGCGCUCUCUGGGGGUUGCAAUACAAGAGAACACGCGCCUACUGCCCCACGGAGUACCAGGCCUCUUAUCACCAGGACUUAUCUCCCCAACAGAUAUAAGAACUUUGUUUUUCCCUGAUGAAAGCCACAUAAAGUUUGCAGAGCUCAAGACCCUUCAAAUACAAGGUCUAACAGCAGCUGCCAUGGCAGAGGCGAUGAAAUUGCAGAAGAUGAAGCUGAUGGCCAUGAAUAGCCUUCAUGGAAGUGGGAGUCAGAAUGGGACAGAAUCUGAGAAUGAGGAGCUGAAUUCCAAUGCAGGUGGAAGUGAAUCUUCAUGGGAUAAAGAGAAACUUCAGUCACCCAUCCCACCGGGAUCCCAUCACGGGGUCAGCCAUGCGACUCUGGCAGGGCAGCCCAGUCUGGGAAGUGCUCAUCCUCUCAGCCCUCUGCAGCAAAACCAUCUGCUCACAAACAGAAUAGAUCUGCCUUUUAUGAUGAUGCCCCACCCACUUCUCCCAGUUGGCCUACCUCCUGCUUCGGUGGCAAUGGCUAUGAAUCAGAUGAACCAUCUCAACACUAUAGCUAACAUGGCAGCUGCAGCUCAGAUGCACAGUCCACUUUCAAGAGCAGGAGCUUCAGUUAUAAAGGAGAGAAUUCAUGACAGCCCUUCACCAGCCCCAUCCAUGGAAGAGAGUCAGCGGCCCGGGAGUCAUGCCUCUUCACACCAGAGCAGCAGCAUUUCAAGUUCUCCAUCGCAGCUUGACAACACAUCAGAUAGAAUUGGCAUGCUGCCAACUAAUAGAGAGGGUGAACCUGUGGAUCAAGAACCUGGGCCCAACCCAAAGAAGCUCCUGAAGGAAAAAGAAGAGAUGCAGAUUGGCAUCCCAAUAAUGGCACCAGCCCUAGAGAAGAUCCAACUGGCUGGGCAGAGUGUUCCUCCUGGUUUCCGUGCACCUUUUCUUUUUGCAGAUGGAUUGUCCUCCGUAGAAACUUUAUUAACCAACAUACAGGGGUUGCUGAAAGUUGCUGUAGAUAAUGCUCGAGUGCAGGAGAAACAGAUCCAGCAGGAAAAGAAAGAGUUGAAGAUGGAGCUGUGCAGGGAGAGAGAACUGAGAGAGAGUCUGGAAAGGCAACUCACUGCUGAGCUGCAAAACAGAGCAAUAAUUCAAAAGCGCUUGAAGAAAGAGAAGAAAGCCAAGAGAAAAUUGCAAGAAGCUCUUGAGUUUGAAUCAAAGAGGAGAGAGCAAGCGGAACAGGCACUUAAACAGGCAACAUCAGGCGAUAGUCUCAGGAUGCUAAAUGAUGCUGGGAUUCCAGACAUGGAGGCGGAACGCAAUGGAACCCAACAUGACAGUGCGCCAAUGCAAGAUUUCUCCACAGAUUUCUCCACCUGUGGCCCUCCAGAUAUCGUUUGUCUCAAGCAGCAAAAUCUCUCAGGCCGGUCUUGCCCUUGGAAACCACCACUGUUUCCUCAGCAUGCAAGUCUUAACUCUUCACUCUUGUGUGGGCGUCCAGCAGGCAGUUGCAUUGUAAAGCCGAAGAAAAGAUUCACAUUUGAAUGUUCUUCUGUUUCAGUUGCCAUAACUCACUUGCGGGGCCAAAUGCAGGGAUGGUGCAUCAACCAAUUUUUAUCAACCAAUCUCCGUUUCCCAUAAAAUAAACAUACUGGGUGUCAUUAAGUGCACCUUCAGAUCAAUGAUUUUUGCAAAUGACAUUCAAGUACCGUUCGAGUGGUACAUUUUUUGCUGAUAAAAGCAAAUUAAAUUAGCACAACUACAAGCGGUGCUGAUAAAAACUGAAGCUCGAACAGCAGCACCAUUAGCUAACAAAGUAAUAUUUUCUCUUUACUGCUUUCUGCCAUUUAGUUAUUAUCCUAUUGGAAAUCUAAUUAUAAUCCUUUUACUCCCCAGUCAAACUUCACAGUUUUUGCAAGCUUAGCACUGACAUGUGAUUUCAUUACGUUUGAUUGCUCGCACCCAGAUUGACUUAACUUCACUCGGAGACCUAAAAGCCCUCUCAGUUUCUCAGAUUCCCUGUUUGCACAUUACAGCAACAGCUCCUUUAAUUAAUUAGCAUGAACAGCAGUAACAUGAACUGCUGAACAGAAAAUAACAUCAUUUUAUGAUCGCAGGGAGACUUCUCCUUUUGCAUGUUUAUACCUUAGUUAACUUUUGUAUAUUAUUAUAUUUCAUUUAGUAAGAGCCUGUAGGUGCAAAAAAUAGGAAAAUAAUAACCAAUGCUAGUGUUUCAUCUUUCUCUUCUUCUAUAAAAAUAAGAGUUAAUACUCCUUAAUAUUACAGAUGUACCAACACAGAAAACAUGAAAAUCUUCACGUUUAAAAAACAAAACAACAGCAAACUUGUAGGGUGAUUAAAUUGAACACAUUUAGAGGCCAGUGAUUUCAUUUGGAAAGCCUUGACAAAAUCAGUGAGACCUUAAAAGAAGGCCCGAGUAGAAUCUUCUGAAAUACAAUAUUUUGAAAUUGAAAGUUAGAAUGGUGGGAGGUAUCCCUUCUUUGCCACCACUUUGUAGUUCUGGCAGCAGCAGUAACCACAUUCCCUGCCACUGUUAAGCAUCCAUGUUUUGCUUUAGUUGCAGCAGAAAAUAUGAGCCUCACUCUAGUUUGGCUUCAUGAUAUCAUCACAAAACCAUUUUAUUGUCCUCACUCUGAAUUGGCUUUGUUGGCUCAUCAUGAAACCAAAUCAGAGUGAGGGCAUUGCUUUCUUGCUCUUGCUCUCAUGUUGCAUUAUGCAGCUAAAAUAAAUAACGGGUGCCUCUCAUCAACACGGGGUACCACCAGUGUUGCCAGUGGCAGAAACAGAACUGGCAAACUAUUUGUCUCUGUUCCCACCCCAUCCUGAAGAAUCACUGGAAGGGGGAAUGUUUUGUACAUCUUGAAAAGGGUGAAGAUGAGACUGAAGCUUGAGAGCUCCAGUUUUGACUGUAUGUCAUCUGGAAUAGAGUUAGAGCACCAAUCAGCUAGUAUGCUUUGCUAAACCCCCUUCUCACUAAAUUACUGUAUGACCUAAGUAAAGGGGAACAAUUCAAAUAUGUGGGACCCCCUCCUUCAGAAAUGGUACAGUCUAGCAUUAUAGUUUGCUUAUUGGACAGUUUUUAUUGGUCCUCGCUGAGGCCUAUCAAGGACAAGAGCAGAGCUGCUCUCCCUAGCAUUUAUUUAUUUGCUUGCUUGCUUGCCAUUUAAUCGCCAAAACUCUACAUGUAGGGAGAGAUUUGAACACACAGCAGUGUAUUCAAACACGCAGUCCUGCCACUUACACUCUGAAGUUUUCAGGUCCCUAGAGAGCAUAUGAACUGGCCUAUAGAAGCUGUAAAAAUCUGUUGUGUGCAUGUGCCCACAAUGCCAGCAAUUUGAUUGAGCAACAUCAAAUGAACCAGUUACUGUGCUCUCAUGAGCAUGCACUGAGAAUUAAGGGAAGUGCUGCAGCACAGUGGUAAGAUCACCUACUUUGCCCACAGGUUCAGUCCCUGGCACCUGCAGGUAAGGCUGAGGAACAAACCCUGCCUGAAGCCCUAGACAGCUGCUGCCAGUCAAUGUGGAUGGUAGUGAGCUAAUAGAUCAGUGCUCUGACUCAGUAUAUAGAUUGCUAUGAAGAGUCCCACCUCCAAAAUUACUGAGUUUCCCCCCCUUUUCUUCCAUGAUACCAAAUAUAGAACAGAGGGAGACAUCUAUACUAUGAAAUAACAACCCUGUUAGGAAAGAAAAUAUCAUCCAAAGGGGAAAUUACCAUCAUUAACAUAGGAUUUGGCUCACAGGCAAAAUUGUGAGAUCUUUAUUCAUGUUACACAAUGUACUGGGUCUGAAAACCCUUUCUAAAUGUCUUGCUUAUUAAGGCAGUCAUGCAUUUCACGGUAGGUUGUAAAACAGCCUAUCAUGCACUGGGGGCUCAUAAGCAUAUUUUAGUGUUAGGGAAUAUCAUUUAUACCCUUUUUAUAUUGUCAAUAUUAUCCCUAGAGAAUUAAAUUAUGCUUUAAACUACUGUAAAUCCACAGUUUGGCUCACCUUUGUCUAAUUUCAUUUUUUAAUAGAAUGAAGCCCACAUAAAUGAAUAUUUGAUUAUGGGAUAAACCUAAUAAAAUAAUACGUUUAUGGCCCAAAGAUUUAUUUAAAAUCUUCACUAUGUAAUACAGUAAAAAAUGCUAUAAAAUGGAAACAUCAAUAGGUCCUGAACAUUCCAUACAGGAUGAAUUUUUGACCUUACCUUCUUUUCUUAUUCAACCAGUUUGCACAAAGCUUGAACAAUGAAAAAGAUUUUGGUGGAUUUGGGAAAGGGGAAAAAGUGGGAAAUAAGGUAGUAGGCAUAAUAUCUUAGGACUGGUUCCCACAUGCACCCUAUUGAAUGAGUGCAGCGUCAAGGUACUUCUUGAAUGUGUGAGUCUCAGAUUGAACAUCCAUCUGUAUCUCAAAGUCAACACCUAUGCAACUCUUAAAUGCAGUAACUCCCAUGGUGGUUUAACAACAACAAAAAACUCAUAUCAAUAAAAAUACAAGCCCCAAUAAAACUCACCACGAUUAAAUAAGUAGGACAAAAAGAGCAAUAAAAUCAAAUGGAGUAAAACUCCUCAAGUUAUAAAAGCCCAGGGAAAGUAAAGAAAAAUAUUUGCCUGAUGAAAAGGCAUACAAUCAUAGUAACACAGAAUUGUAGAGUUGGAAGGGAUCCCAAAGGUCAUCUAGUCCAACCCCCUUGCAAUGCAGGAAUCACA